AUGAACGGUCAAAUCCUCAAGAUUCUUCUCUUCUUCGCGGUUUUCCAAUCGCUAUCGUGUCAACGUGAGUAUCAUUAGCAAAAUCUUGUACAUAAAUGUCGAAUGACGAUAAGAUGUGUCGGUCGAUGAAAAGUACAAACGGGUCGAUUUAUAUUUUGCUGUACAUUUCGUCUCAAUAUAUUUUAUCCCGUUCUUCUCAGAAAGCAUGCAAGAUGGGACGGUAAAAAUCGGCGAGAGAUGCGAGAGAGAUCGCAACUGUAUCGCACACGCGUUUUGUCGUUCACAAAUGACCUGUCUGUGCGAUCAAUAUUAUUCGCCUAUUCCCGACAACUCGAUGUGCAUCGCUAGUGCCGGAUUGAGUUGCACGAAUGAUUUGGUAUGUGGAUCGAUGACGAACGCUAUGUGCAGACAAGGAGUAUGCGCGUGCAAAGAUUCGUAUAUUUUAGAUAUAAAUAAUUCCUCGAAUUGUAUCAGUAGUAAGUAACAGGACGGAUUAGUAAAAUUUCUUGCAGGCAUCUUUGUAAAUCCAUGUGGAUCAGUCUGUACGUGA